AUGAAUUGGUUUCAUCGUUUCAUCUCCACUUGUUUUAUCCUCUUGAAUGGGGUUUGUCGCCCUGUCUAUGGCGCCGACUCAGGCAGUUACUACUUCAAGCACUUCAAUACUUCUGGAAGUAUCAAUCCAUGGUAUAACAACGACAACUCGUGGGGAGUGUCUGCACCAGGCGGUACCGGAUUUGUCGUGAUGGUUACCGGAGAGGACUGGGGCACUUGGUCGCCAGUUCAUACUCUGCCUAAGAAGAUCAACGAUCUUAAUCCCGGACACAAAACCUGGUUCAGCCAGACCUCUGCCCCUGCAGCAGGCCAUGGAUAUGAUGCUUGCUAUGAUAUCUUCAUUGACCCAAGUUAUGCGCCAACUAACCGCAAUGGGAAAUAUGAGAUCAUGAUUUGGGUAGCCCAUCAGCUCCCUAAUACUCCUCUGUCCGACCACUACGAUGCGAAAGGUGUCGCGAUUCCGUGGGCACAAAACGUGAACCUUGGAGGCAAGGCAUGGGAUGUUUACUUAUUCCAUUGGCCUACCGGCGAUCUGACUAUGAGUUACGUCGAUCCCACUAACUCAGGUUGGUUCUCAGGCAGUCUGUCUCCAUUCUUCGAGCAUGGCAUUAGCAAUGGAUGGUAUAGCGGGAGUGACUACUUGACCAGUGUUAUGGCAGGUUGGGAAUUCCAACAGGGUGAAUACACGGCUAGUUCGUGGGGGGCGGUUGGAUUCUGA